AUGCCCGAAGAUUCACCAGAGACCAUGGAAAGCGAGGAGAUCCUGUCGAACCUGGCAAGAUCACAAGCAAUGUUCACCGAAACUUUGGCCCGCGGUACAGUGCCUGUUGAUAAGGAAAUAGAAAUGAGAGCCGACCUUGCCAAGUUCUGCAUUCAAGUUGGCACGGCAUUCUCAGACCAACAAGCCAUAGACGACGCGAUACAACACGUGGAAACCAUUCUCCGCCGAAUGUCAGACGACUCCUGUGAUCGACAAAAGUUCCUUCGUGAGCUCUCCAAGGCCAAGUUCAAGUUGUACCGUCAGAGAGAUUCCCAACACUCGUUGAAUCUUGCUGUAUUCUAUAGGCGCUAA